AGAAGAAGCGCAGCACGUGUUGAUGCGAUGAAUGACCUUCAGUGAUGUAGUUUUGGACACAUAGUAGAAUCAGAGUCCCUGCUAUUUCGUCUAGCGUACCAUGGAUUAUUGUGUUUACCGUACAGCUGCUUUCUGUUGGCGUUGCUUCCCUGUGUUUGCUUUGUUAUUCUGCCACCUUCCACUCUGCUCAUCCACUCUCCUCGAAGACGCGGAUUGUUGCGGCUGUCUGUGGUCGCACCUUGGCAGGCACCACGAGUGGUGUCCAAGUCCGCGCCAUCGAGCACCUGCGGUCCAGCGAGUACUAAGCGAGGAGGGGAGCGGUGGCGCGAGGAGUAGCUCAGCUUCUACUUCUGCUGGAGGUCAACAUGCACAUCCUCUUUCCAGCGCAGCAUCGUCUGCCGGUAGCGACGAGCAGCGAUUGUGUUGUCGCAUCUGCUUUCAGGAGGAGGACCCGGAAGAUUUCCUAGGGUUGCCUUUCACAAAAAGCCGCCGAAAGAUACCCAACUUUCUCGGUGUUGACGUAUGCAACUGCAGGGGCACACAGAGUGCGGUACACUUGCGGUGUGUCCGGGAAUGGCAACAGGCAAAAUUGCAGCAGAGCCGGGUUUGUGUGUGGGACGUAAAUUAUUGCCCAACUUGCAAGGAAAUGUACCGGGACAGCCGGCUAAUGGUGUAUCUGAAAGCUACUCGGCACCACGCAGACGAGGCUGUACCCGUCACCAGUUUAUUUUCCGCACUGUUUUCUGUCGUUUGUUCGGCUUGUUGCCGCCGAGGACAGAAGAGACCGCUCGGACCUGCACUCUUCCGGGAUUCAGACCACAACGACAUUCAUUUUGACGUGGGAGACAGUAUGAAGCACAGUCCGCUCGCGCGGCUCGCGCGCCAGCAGCAGGAGGACGCGGAGCCGGGACUGCGCCGUCUUUUUCGUCGGUUGGUGUUGGACGACGUCCACGCGGCGGAGGACGAUUUCGAGGAUGACGUGAACGAAAUCAACGAGUUUUUUCGGGUCCCGCGCAACCCUUUUUUCCCGGCCAAUCUACGACCCCGGGCCCUGGCGGAGCGGCGCGUUGAUGCUAAUGCGCGCCGCAACGGACGGAAUCUUCGGGGUCUGCAACUUCCUCUUCAUCCGGAGCAAGGUGGCGUUGCUCCUGUACAACAACGGCAUUGUGCGCUGUUGUGUGCCGGAUUUGGGGUCACGUUGACGAUCGCGGCUCUGUGUAGCAAGGUAGCCGAGGCGGGGACGCUCGAGAUGCAAUGACGCUGAGGGGUCCACCCAGCUGGUCCACGCUCCUGCUCUAAUGCAUGGGUUUGUGGGCCUUCUGUUGCUUGUACUUUGCUGCGUGCGCCUACGGACGUACCAACAACGAAGAUCUGUUUGUGAAGUAGAGCUUGAUCAUCUUUUGAUAGUUCAUGUACAAUGCACUGCCACACGAACGCAGAAUGAAGAUUGAAAUGGCCCGGUCCCUCUAGAUUGUACUAGAUUGUAGGCGAACGAUGAUGGUCUGAGAAACACAAACACAAAAGUACGGAACACAAAGCGUGAUUGAAGCCAGUAGUUCUCCAUGCUAUUUGCGGAUGAUACUUGGCAUCCGUCGUAUUCCGAAAUGAUAGAUCAGCUUCAGCUCCAAGAAAUAGGACCAGAAACAAGAAGAAUGGCUCUGUUCAGAAAAAGUGCCGAUGCUCUUUCAUCUCCACGUGCUUUGCAAAGAUCCGCGGAGAGUAUCUAUCUGCUGGUGCUGCCCUUGCUUACGCUCUGAACGCUUGAAUGAAUUAUUGGCACUUUUACUUUACCCAGGCGAGCGGACGUAGGUGAAGCAGUAAUGAUGCCUAUGUGCGCGCCGUGGCUGUUAGCCAGGAGGACUUAGUAUCACAA